GGGGAAGGUCCCACAUCAGACAGCUGGUAGUGUGAAUGCUGUGGGAGGAUGGCCGUUCAAGCGGCUUCUCAUGGGGCCCUCUGCAUUGUGUUCUGGGCCAGGGAUUCAAACCUGGAGGGUCUACGAACAAGAUCAGGGACGGAACAGUCCAGAAACCUUCAAGAAGAUCUGCUCUCCACCCCCACACAUGGGCCCGAAAGUUCUGGAGGCGUCACACAAAAGUGCAUCCUACUGACCAAGUGACUGAAGAUCCUGACAGCAUCGUGGUGGAGAAGCUUGGCCAGGAAAAACUGACUUCUCCGGUGGGCUCAGAAACAAGCACUAGUGAUCUCGUGGAAGAAACGCUUGAGACACCUGGAGUCAGCGUUGCUGAGGACUCAUCUCUGGCCACGCUUUCAGGAACUUCAGGAGGGAGCGAAAAUGAUGCUACUGACAAGUCUUUAGUCUGGGCAUGGCUGUGGAGGAGUAUCCCGGAUGAGGAGGACCUGUGGAUUACCAAAGUGAUGUCAGGAACCAGUGACAGUGAGUGGGUCGUGGAAAGCCUGGAGUACUCCACCAAUGAUGAAGAUGCUCCAGGCGAGGCCGUCACCAUCCGUGUCACCGUCCACGAAGAAGAGUACUUUGGAGACUGUGAGGACUCCGGCCAAGUGGGCCACGAUCUGUCAUCCCAGAAAUCCCACGAAGACCCCGUCUGAGCUGCCUGGUCCUUGAAAACAAAAGCUUUCCAUCCCGGGUGGUGCCCACAGAGGCCCCUUGGGCCCUGCUGCUUUGCAGCUUGUCGAGUACAUGAGGACAUGGCCUCCUUGGUGGACUCAGACCAUUCCUUUUUGUCCCCUUCUGCUGUCCUUUGGGUUACAAUUCUGUGUGGAGCUGUGUAACACUUUUGUGUGUCAUAAGAAGAAGAAUCAGAGCACAGAACUGCGCAUAGGCCCUUGUGAAUCUUGUCUGAGCCAGCCUCACAGACCAGGGAGUUUGAUGAUCUCACCAGACUGUCGUCCACCCGGAUGAACUUCGCUGAAGGUCACCAGUCCGACCAGUUGAGGUUCUCCCACUAUCUCCAUAUUGUGU